CACCCAGUACUACAAGUUCUCUAGUCUCAAAACAUAAAAAUACUAAAAAUAUUCCGGUCGGAAAAAAAACUCAUCUCAACUGUCUUUCUCAUUUCAUUUCCCUCUGCUAGUGCUCGUCUACACGCUUUCCAAGCUUUGAAAACCUUCAUCCAAAAAUCCCAAAAAGCAAAUCAAUCAGUAUUUUGAAUAGUUAAAGUGAAAGAAGAAAUGGGAUCUGGAAACGAGGUUGUGGAAAUCGAUAGCUUGGAGAGAGGUUUGUUGUUGUCAACUCCUACUAGUUCUCAGAUUCAUGUGGGAGCCGAAGCCGAAGCUGAAGAGGAAACGGUGUUGUACGCGGCGUCGUUUGAGGAGAUGGAAGAGAAUUACGUGAAGUACCAGACGGCUCAGUGGGUUCUGUACUCGGUGCUUAUGAUACUGGCUUGGGGAAUCGGAUUGUUCAUGCUUCUUUAUGUUCCAGUUCGCAGAUACAUACUCCGCAAAGACAUUCGCUCCAGAAAGCUCUUUCUCACUCCGAAUUCCAUUGUUUACAAGGUUACGAAGCCAGUGCCAUUUCCAUGCUUUGGAGUGUUGAAGAAAGAGAAGCAUGUCUUGUUGCCUUCAGUUUCUGACCUUGUAAUUGAACAAGGAUAUAUGCAAUCCCUCUUUGGUGUCUACUCUCUUAGAAUUGAAAAUGUUGGUGUAAGAAGGCCCCCGAGUGAUGAUGUUCAAAUACAGGGUAUUGCAAAUCCACGUGCUUUCAGGAAGGCUGUUCUAAUGCGUCUUGCAAAUAUGAGAAGUGAGGGUUUCUCUCGACAAGUUUCCACAAUUGAAGAUGUUCCAAAUUUUAGACUGGUUUCCCCAUCAAAAUCUCUCAGGCAUGAUUCCAUUCCACAAUCUGGGGACCUAAUACUACUACAAAAACUAGAGGAGAUUGGAAGUUCUGUGAAGAGAGUUCAAACUUUAAUUGAGGAGCAACAGUGUCAAACAUCAGAACCUGUAGAUUGAGGCUAGCUACAAAGUUAUACAUAUUAUCGUAUCGUGCCUUUUAAACUGAGAACCAACUUUUGGUAUUUACUGUCUGAGCUGCCAUUUUAAGGAGUGAUAUUUAAGAUACUACAGAGCUAAAUUACAAUUGAAUUCUAUUUGUUUCCAUGUGUAUGUUGGUGGGCAAGGUGUGCAAUUGUUGGUCAUUUCAUUUAGUUUGUAAAAAAACAUGUGACAGGCAGAAAAGUUUACGUUUUCCAUGUAUACAUCUUGAUUAUCCCUCUCCAGUCUCUAUGUUCUGUUGUUAUAAGGUGUAACUAAUUCUUUGUAUCAUGUAUACUUGUUACAAACCCCUGUAGAUUGUCUUCAACUUUUCAUGUCUGAUUUUGAUGUUCUGUAUUUUGUUGCA